GCGGGGGUUGCUACCACGGGGGCGUGGCGGGCACGACCUCCCCCCGCUUUUCUGUAUCCCCCCCGGCACCCCCCGACUUCUUGGGGCCGUCUCUUGCCACCUCCUAAAACCCUUCGGCCACUGUCUCCCCAGGUGUCUCUUCUUGCCGACACCCACAUGUCACUGUGUUUUAAGCCUGCUGUUUUCAACGAGAGACUCAAUCAAACUCGGGGUUCCUUUAGGGGGACCGAUCUCAUUUUGGGGUGCUGAAAUUAGCUGAUUUAAACAAGGAAUACCCUUGCUUCUGGCUUCCGCUUUGCUCCUCUCCAAAUCCCUCUGCCUUUCUGGUCCCCCCAUCAGAGAAGACUGCAGGUCCGGUGGCCCGAACGCCUGAAAUGCGGCGCUGGGGCCCCCGUGCCCGGCCGGCAGUGCGGUCUGGUGCUGCCCUCCAGCGGGGCGGACGGGCACGCACAGGAAGCUCAGUCUCUCCUUUGUCGACCACCCGCAAAGGUUUGGAUCCAUAAAGCUCAAGUUCUAAAUCCCUGGUCCCUGAAGGUAAAGAGAUUUCUAUUCAGUAAGCCCCGCAUGCAAACUGUCCCGACGCAUUCCUCCUUCAGCCUGGUCCCCGGGCACGUAGUUGGAUCGCGGUCCUUCUUGAAGAGGUAAUGACUCCUGCUUCUGGAGCUCGGCCCUUUCUAGCCUGCCCCGUGUCAUCUUCCACCCUCUGAGAGCCCUGAAGUCCUUUCCUGAGACCCACCCCCUUCCCCGCAGGUGCUGCCACUGGCCUCUGAGCUGGCUUGGGUGGGUGGUUUAUCUCCAUUACCUAGACGACACGGUGGGGACAAGGAAGCCGCAAACGUCCCCUCCUGUGGUUUCGAUGGCGUCCCUUUGGUGUUUGUCCCAGGCUGAGAGUUUAAUGUCAUUAAUCCAGGUUGGAAUAUUUAGGUGCAAAAAAGCAUCAAGGCAGGAGAAUAAAAGAAAAUGCAGCAGGGAGUUAGAUCAACAUAGAAGAGAGAGAUGGAAGGAAGAAAACGCCCCAGGAGGAGGGAAAACUGCCUUUGACAGGAGCAGUGACAGCUCGGAGUCAGAGCCAGCAUGGCCCUUCCCUGAGGCAGCCUGGCAUUCCUUGCUUCCCAAGGCCCUGGGGACUGGCUAGGGCUCUGAUGUAGAUGCAUUUGGAAAAGGCCCACCAGAAAUGGUGCCCAAUUCAGCGUAACCCUGAGAGCCAGGCAAGGCCACUGAGAGGGACAUGGGUGGGAGACCAAGCUGCCACAGAGAAAGUGGCUCUCGGAAACCCAGACAGUCACCCGAACUUCAGAAAAGGCAUUCACGCAUUUCCUCUGUCCGGGUCAGUGGUUCUCAGCUGCUUUGCUAGUGAUGUCUGCUUAUUUGGACAUACGUCCGUUUCACAGAAGUUUGAUGAGUGCUUGCGAUGUGCCAGCACCUUACCACGGUGGGAAGGGCUGCAGGGACAGCCAGCGCUCCCUGCUCUCAGGCUGGUGGAGCAAGACAGGCGUAAAUCUAAGAAUCACACAUCAAACUACCUGACGGACAUCGACCGCAUCGCCACGCCGUCGUUCGUGCCAACGCAGCAGGACGUGCUUCGCGUCCGCGUGCCCACCACGGGCAUCAUCGAGUACCCGUUUGACUUGGAAAACAUCAUCUUUCGGAUGGUGGAUGUUGGUGGCCAGCGAUCUGAGAGACGGAAAUGGAUUCACUGCUUUGAGAGCGUCACCUCCAUUAUUUUCUUGGUUGCUCUGAGCGAAUAUGACCAGGUCUUGGCUGAGUGUGACAAUGAGAACCGCAUGGAAGAGAGCAAAGCCUUAUUUAAAACCAUCAUCACCUACCCCUGGUUUCUGAACUCAUCUGUGAUUUUGUUCUUAAAUAAGAAAGAUCUUUUGGAAGAGAAAAUCAUGUACUCUCAUCUAAUUAGCUAUUUCCCGGAAUACACAGGACCAAAGCAGGAUGUCAAAGCUGCCAGAGACUUUAUCCUGAAGCUUUACCAAGAUCAGAAUCCUGACAAAGAGAAAGUCAUCUACUCCCACUUCACAUGUGCUACAGAUACAGAGAAUAUCCGCUUCGUGUUCGCUGCUGUCAAAGACACAAUUCUACAACUCAACCUGAGGGAAUUCAACCUGGUUUAAAAGCUGCUGCGCAUUCCUCCCCUGUAAAGAAGACGUGGUUUGCAAGCUCUUCUUGUUUUAUUUGCAAGUGCUUCUGGCAUCCCCUGAGCCAGCCCCCUGUGCCAGGAACCAAGGACAUCAUGCCGAUCACAGGGAGAGAGAUGGGUGUUGGGACUUGGAAGAUAAAAUCUGAGUUUACCAAAAUAUUUAAGUCUUUAAUUCUCAUGUUGUUUUUAUAAUUCUUUUCUUGACUUUUGUGUCAAGACACAACAACUCUUACAGUUUGUGUAAUCUUUGAAUUUGGUACUUUAUAGAAUUUUUAAAGGCCACUGUGAUUUACUGGUUUUUUUUAAAUUAAAUUUUAAGUGUGUUUAAAAAUAGCCAUUAAAAUUGUGUAACAGAGGGGCUGGUUAAUUUAUAGAUCAUGCCUGGAGACCCCUAGAAUUAAUUUGGGUGACCUUUUUUUUUUUUAAAGAAUAUUAAUGGGUUUGAAGCUUUUUAUUAAAUCUUGUAAUUUAGAGACAUUUCUAAUUGAGUUUUUCUCUUCAUGCUGAAGAACUCCUUUAAUAUGCCACCAAAGAUUUUUUUAAAACAGUUGGUUCUUUGUGUGUUAACUUUCUAAGCCAAAUUAAUGAAUAUAUCAGUAUAUCUAAUUUAGUUUUGCUACAUUUUGAUAAGCAUGAAGCCAAAGUUGACAUAUGGGCUGUAGAUAGCAUAUAUGUUAUAUUGAAAAAUGUGUACGUACGCUUGUGUGCGUGUGUGUAAAUAUAUGUUUUUCCCAAUGUAUACUGACCAGGUCUUGUAAACUUAUGAAAUGGCUAAAAACCCAAAUUGUUUAACAGAUGUUAUGUAAACCAUCCCACAAUUCUGAUGGCCAUCACAGAUUGCUGUUUGAAUGACGUAUGCUGUGCCUUUCUGAGGAGGCUAAGAAUAUACCGCUCUGCUAUUA